CCAUCAAGCCACUUCCUGAGCUGAACAGGUAAUUAGAAAACGACGUGCAACUGUGACAAGAGCACUGACGACCAGGUGUAAUGGCUUGAACGGAUUAUAAACAGUCAAAAGAAACAAGAGAAACCGUUUGCGAGGGAGAAGCCAUGGCCUGUGCCAGAGUGCCACUGGACGAACAGGAGGUGACAGAGCCUCGUGGGCCCCUAGGACGCGAGCGCACCCUGCCUGCUCUGCACCCAGACAGGAAGGAGGAGCGGUGUUUUGUGCCUUACAAGCCCCUGCCAAACGACAGCUCGCCCCCUCAGGUGGAGGAGUUUUUGGAACAUGCCAAAUUCAUGGCAGAGGACUUAGAGUGGCUACUGGCGCUUCCACACGACAAGUUCUGGUGUCAGGUGGUGUUUGACGAGUCUCUGCAGAAGUGCCUGGACUCGUACCUGUGUCAUGCUCCUCGGGGCCUGGACCCCGCCUCCCUGCCCUCGUCCCCUGCCGUGGCCGACAUGCAGCGCACUCUCCACCGAGCCGUCUUCAUGACCUUCCUCAGGAUGGCCACACACAAAGAGUCUAAGGAGAACUUCCUCACGCCAGCUGUGUUUGGAGAAAUCAUCUAUGAGAACUUCCUGUUUGACAUUCCCAAGAUCCUGGACCUGUGUGUGCUCUUUGGAAAGGGCAACAGCCAGCUGCUGCACAAGAUGAUAGACAACAUCUUUACCCAGCAGCCCUCUUACUACAGUGACCUGGACGAGACGGUGACCUCGGUGUUACAGGUGUUUGAUACGAUCCUGGAAAGGUGCGGUCUCCAGUGUGAAGGAGCCACUGCCAUGGAGCCGCUGAAGCUGAGCGCACACAGCCAGCCCACUGCCAUGACCAUGAGCCAGCAGGACCUUGUAGAUUUAGUGCUAUACCUGUGUGACUCCACCACCACCAUUCAUGCCUUCCUGGACAUUUUCCCUGCCGCCUGCUCCAGCUUCCAGUCCCAUGGCUUCCUCAACAGACUGGCCUCGUUUUAUGAGACCGUUGUGCCUGACAUGGAGAAGGCAGUGAGGAAGAGAAAUUUUGAUGAUAAAGGUCUUCAGGAGGACCUGUGGAAGAGGGUGUCUCACUCCUGUCGGAGGAUGGUGGAGAUUGCCCACCUGCUGCUGCAACACACCUGCCUUCAGCCCAUCCUGGAGGGGGCAGAAAACACCCAAACAUUUGCUGAGGAGCUCCUACAAUAUUUCACAUCUUUUUUACCCGAGAAAAGGUUCUUGUCAGACUAUGAUGAGCAGUUCCCCAUCGCAGAUGACAUCAGCCUCCUACAACAGGCCCUCCCUGUUAUUGAUGAGACCAGGACGUCCUACCUGCUCCAGGGGGUAGAGAGUGCCUGGGACAGCGUGGGCCGGCAGAGACCCCAGGGUCGGAUUCAGCCCAAAUCCCCCCCGGCGGUGCCGGUCGCCCAGGGAGCAGCAGGUGGCAGCGCUGCUGCCUCAGGUGACUUCAAACCUCUGGGGGUACGACAACCAGGAGAGGGAGGGGAGAGCCCGAGGGGAGCAGAAGCCAUGCUGGGCGCUCCCCGAAAAGGAGACAAUGGUGCUCUGUGUCCUGUGAGCACUGCAGAGCUGGAGUCUCUGCUGUCGUGUAUCAGGGAUUUGCUGCCUGAUCUGGGUGAGGGCUUCCUGCUGGCCUGCCUGCAGGAGUACGACUACAACUCUGAGCUUGUCAUCAACAACAUCCUGGAAGACCGGCUGGCCCCCAACCUGGAGAAACUAGACCGCUCCAUGCCCAGGCCAGUGAAGGAGGAACUUCCAGACGUGUUGAGCAGCAGGUCCAAUGUGUUUGACGACGACGAAUUUGACGUCUUCCACAGGGACCAGGUGGACAAGUCCCGCAUUUGGAGGGGCAGGAGGAAAGGCGAGAGCGCUCGGGAGAUGCUGAACGACAAGCAGCACAUAGCAGAGCAGAGGGCUCGUUACCAGACGUACGAGACGGUCGUGGACGAGGUCGUCGUUGAACCUGGGACCUCAGCAGCUAACUACGGCCUGGACGACUAUGACGACGAGUACGACGACACCUAUGACAUCAACCAAGUGGGAGCGAAUGACCUGGAUCAGGACAGUUUGCUGAACCGAAGGCCUUUCACCAUACCACAGGUGCUACGAACAGGAAACAAACAAGAUCUGGACAAUGAGGAGAGUGAAGAGGAGGAAGAGACUGGACAGAACAAUGACAACAGGGACCAGUUUGUGCAGGACCCAGCCCUGCUGAGGGAGAGGGCUGAGGCCAGAAGAGCUGCCAUGCAGCAAAGGAAAGGCUAUCGGCCAGAGCCUCCUACCAAUGUGGUGGGCAAGCCUAAAGGUCAGGGUCAGACCUUGGAGACUUACCUGGACCGACGCAAGAAGGAGGCCAACAAGAGCCGAGGCGCCAACCACAACCGGCGCGUCAUGGCCGACCGCAAGAGGAACAAAGGCAUGAUCCCCUCCUGACCUGCACCUGCACAGUGGCCUGCUGUGGGAACCAGACUGACAGAUAGGGAGGAGUCAGCAAGAUGGUGGCUCAGAUAUGAGUGAGUGAGGGAAAGAGGAACAGGGGCCUAGUUAUCAUUUUGGGUUAGAUUUGAAGGUUGUGACGUUUGGCUCUGGUACCCUCAUGAUCCACCUUUUGUCCCAGAAUCGUGCAGAAUCCUCAAAGCCGAUUGCAGACAGGAAAAGCUACAGAGGUUGGUGAUGGUUAGCCUUGUCGCUUGUUGAAAAGUUGCACUUAAGUUGUAAUUUUCUUUGGCAAGGCCACAUUUUGGCUUUUUGUUAACUGGAGGUUGCAAAGCAGCUUGUUGGGGGAAUGUUUAAAGAGACACUGAACACCUAAAGUUAAUGUUUGAGCCUGAAGGCAAGCAGCUCUUUGGCUCAAUUAGAUUUCUUUCUUCUUACAGUUUACUGAAAACCAAAGUUCUGAGUGUGAGCCAGUGACUGAGGACAAAUGAAGUCUUUAUUUUUGCCAAGUAACAAAUCAGUUUAUUAUUAAGAUCCAGAGUUAUGGAAUCAAGUUUCUUUGACAUCAUCGUUGAAUGAACAACACAGGAAUAAAAGGAAGAGACGACCAGGGCAUCAGCAAGACUGUCGCUCCUAGUUUAGCUGGAAGAACAAUUACCAUGACCUGGUAAUCUCAAAUCUGGACAUCAGAGACGGGGAAGGAAUCUGGGGCGUGCGGGUCUUAUUACUCAUCCUGCAUGAGUAGUACAGGUGUGAGACCUCAUCCACCUUGACCCGACACCUGUCCCCCAGCUUCCAGAAACCAUAGGAAAAGAAAAUUCACUAUAUUAACAUUUCAUUAGCACACUGCUGUGUGUAUGUGUGUGUGUAGAAGCACAUGCUACAUGGGGGGGGGCCUCAUCUCUCCCAAACAAAUUUAGUGUGUGUGUGUGUGUGUGUAAAGGGAGGAGCUCCUACAUUUUGCCAUGCACAGCAACUAUUUUCUAUGGAAAGAAUAGAUCUAUGAGAGCAUUUUGUAACAAAACAAAAAAAAGCAUGGGAUUGCUUUUUGGAGUUGUCAUUACAAAAUUCAAGAAAAAAAUAAAUAAAUACAUGAAUACUGUAUUUUGA